AUGGUCAACUUUCCAGCGAUCGCCCUCCUUGGGGCAACGCUCGUGCUGGCCGCCCCACGAGGCUGGGAGGACUGGUCAGACAAAGGGCAGACCACAUCGACAAUCACGUCGGUGACCAAGACCACGAUUCGUACCACGAGCACUUCCGCCGUCACAAACUCUGAUCCUCUACAUUGGGCAGAGUGGAUCGAAGAUGAGACCGCAUCGCUCUCUUCACGAUCGAGAACGAAGUUGACCAGCAGCAUCAAAACUACCUUCUCGACUAAGAAGCCCAUUACCACGAGUGCUAUUUCGCAAGGCCAUGGCUGGGGUGACUGGAGCGGGAAUCGGCCUUAUAGACCUGGAACAGGCGGCAACAACAACAACAACAACUGGAACAACGGCAACGGCAACGACAACGGCAACGGCAACACGGAGCCAAUUGGGGGGCAUCCCACUUAUGGGAAGCCUACUUUUGUCCCAGGCAAUGGUGCAGAUCCAAACUGGGAUUUCAGCCGCGCCACGCAGACAUUGACGGAGGCAUGGGCAACAGAAUCGGCAAUGUUCGUGAAGGAAGCUCCAACUGCAACCUUGAAACCCACAUUGCACUGGAACCAUCGACCAAGCAACUUGAAUCAUCUCGUGCCCGGUGACAAUCAGAAGAUCUACUUUGCAGGUGCCGGUCAGAUCAAUGCCAACAAAGCACAUCAAAUGGCUUGGGUAGAUAUCACCUAUACAAACACUGCUGUCAUCCUUGAUCAUUCGUCUUUCAUCUCAUACCGGGCCAGUACUAGUGGUGGACUCAUCAUUACCUUUUCUAGCGCAGACUCUUAUCUCCAAGCCAAAUCAGCGUGGCAGAGCACUGCGUCUCUGCUGCUCGUCGCCAACCAGGUUGGCUUCUGUGGCCAGGCUCAAGGUGAAAGUUGCUACUUCAAGGUGGACAAGCUAGACUUCGCCGACUCUCUUCGCAGCUGUAGUGCGUCUGGAAAGUAUCAAGGAAUUCGCGAUGUCUUGGUCUCGGCUGAUGUUGAAUGGGGUUCCUACAUCCCUGGCGCCCGCCCUCCUCGAUUUACUCCUGGCUCGGGAGCUUCGCAGACACACGGUGGUGGCUCGCAGUCAUCGUCCACAACUUCUUCAAGCUAUCCUUAUUUCACUAGCUCGUCAAGCAGAGUUGGAGGCUACUCAAGCGUUUCCGGAGGGGGUUCUGGUGGCUAUUCUACGACGACUGGUUCAGCAGGGCCAUCAGAGUCUUCCACAACCAGUGGUUCCUACAACGGAGGAACCUCCACGACUACCAGUCUCCCGUACGGUGGCAGCUCAACAACCUCGUCAGUUCCGACCAGUGGAUCGUUCUCAACCACCAGUACCACUAGUGCACUGUUUCCAGACAAUACUACCGUUGUGACUGUAGACACUGAAAUUGACAGAGCCAACUGUACUGCGCCAAUGGACAGCAAGUAUGGCCUGCGGACCGCGUGCUUGGGACCGUAUUUCGACCAGGAUCUCGACGACACGUACGGUUAUGAGGAAAUCGAAGAUACACCGUAUGCAAGCUUCUUGGCCGGCUUCGCGAAUCUUGAAUAUCCAGAUGCGACCACCGAUCCCAACGAUCCGGAUUUCGAAGACGAUGAUGCCAUUAUCGAGAAACGAGAUGUCACCGACUGGCUUGUAGACAAUGUUGUUAAACCCUUCGCAGACGCGGUCGGAAUACCCACAACGUAUGAGAAGACCAUUGAGAAGUCAUAUCCUAUCAGCAUUCCAGCCGAACGCCAGCUGGUGGACUCACCUUGGGGCCAGCAGGUUCUCAUCAAGUCGUUCUCGCAAGGGGGUGAUACCGCCAGUGCCAAACUUGACAUUUAUUGUGUCGAUUGCGGUGCCAAGGGUCAAGCCAAUAUCAAUGGUAAAAUCAGCGUCAGCCUGGAUGGUAUCAAUGCACUGGAAGCCAACUUCCAAGGCGAUUUGACGGUCGCCGUCAAGAUCGGAGUCGACGCCAACCUCCAGUAUGAGCAGACCUUCGGCAAGCAACUUUUCCAGGUGGGCAUUCCAGGAGCUUGUAUCGGUGGCAUUGUCUGUGUCGGCCCCUCCAUCAAGAUGGGAGUCGACGUCAAAUUCAAUGCCAACGCCAAUGGUCAGCUUCUUGCCGGUGCGGCCAUCACCAUCCAAGAUGCCCGCGCAUCAGUGGACAUGCUGGCUACCCAAAAGGGAUCUGCAUCUGGAUGGCAGCCCGAGUUCAUCCCCACACUGGAAGCGAAGGGAUCGAUCGUGCUCAGCGCUGACGUCGGCAUUCCCGUCGCUGUCGUUGUGGGUCUGGACAUCUUGGAAGGCUUGUUCACGAGAGAAAUAGCUUUGGUCGACAGACCUUCCGUCGUCGCUGUGGCCGCUGUCUCUGCAUCGUCCAGUGGUGGUGUGGAUACCAUUGAUGGCUGUAAAGGUAUUUCUACUAAAGUCAGCUUGAAGAACAAGAUGUGGGCUGCAGUGCCAGGCUUCGAUCCAUGGGUGCUUGCGGACAUGGAACCCAAGCAGUUGGCAGAGAAGUGUAUACCACUUGGAGACCAGUCUGGUGGUGACGGCGGUGAUGGUGACGGCGGUGAUGGUGACGGCGGUGAUGGUGACGGCGGUGAUGGUGACGGAGGUGAUGGAGGUGAUGGAGGUGAUGGCGGCGAUGGAGGAGAUGGUGACGGAGGUGACGGAGGUGACGGUGAUGGAGGAGAUGGCGGUGAUGGCGGCGAUGAGGGUGUGGACGAAACUGGGGAUACCUCGACAGAUCCUGGAGUUCGCAAGCGUUCCAGCUUCCACCAGCUCAAUGCCCGACAAACCAACUCAACCGGCCCAAGUAACUCAACUAUUGUGGAUACUACCGCCGCUGCCCUGGCAAACUCCACGAACAGCACUGCUGACUACGAUCUUCCGGACCUCGACGACACGUAUUACAACACAACAGACGGGUACACAUACGCAUCUCUGAUUGACCCAGACGAGAAAUAUCAGAUCCUCCCUUGCAACGACGGAAACAUUUAUAUCUUCAACAUCAACGCCACCGUUCCUCAGUUCAGCUGUGCAGACAUGUGGACAAUGUCGCCCAAUCCUGAUGCUGCCGACGCAGGCGUAGAGGACGAUCGGGUGAUAGCUGAUGCCAUGGGCCGGAUUCCUCACUUCUACCCUGAGGAGAUGGAUAAGACGGGCGUAUCACGACUUCGGGUCAGUGAUGUUGAGAAUAUCCCGAUUGAUGUUACAAACGUCUACUUUGUCAGCCUGGACUCAGAUGCUGAUCCAAACGCGGACGGCACGGAUCUCUACUUCGCGGUGGACAUUGACAAUUUCGGCUACUAUCCCAUCAUCUGCACAUACCAGGAGGCCAAUCUCAACGCCCGAGUGUUUUUGGCAGCGGACCCCGAUGAUGGUGUGGAGAUGUUGAAGAGUCCUGAUAUUAGGUACAGUAUCACAGGAGGCACGGUCAAGGAUUGUUGGUUCAUGCCACUGGUUCUUGGUACGUGA